UGUAAUUUUUAUUUCUGUAGCUAUAUGAAAAAAUUUGCCAAAUUGAGUAAACGUCAUAGUUAUUGCAAAGUAGAUCGUAAGCUUUUCCAAUCUUCAUAAAUUAUCGUAACUAUUGAGAGGAAAAUCGGAAAACUUGAUUAGAAAAAAUGCAUUACAAGCAAACGAAGCUUAGCGAUGUCUGGAGAACGUGCAAUAAAAUACGCGCAGCAAUUUUUAGGAUAGGUCUGAAUCUUUGGGACUAUUUCUUGCCCUUGGAUCCCAACAAAAACAGGCUUAUAUCAGAAUCUCAGUUCAUCUCGGUCUUGUACGGACAACUACGAGGUAAAAUCGGCCUCUCAGAACAAGAGAUAAGCGACCUCGCCGACUACUUCAGGGUCCAAGACGGCAGAGUAUUCUACGCCCAACUAUGCGAGGUCAUCCACAACAGCGUGCCGGACUUCAUGAAGAACCAACCGUUGGUGUCCGGCAUUGAAUGGGAGGAUCCGAUGCAGGUGAACAGGCUCAGCAUGAGCGAGGAGAGGAAGCUCAACUUGCUCCUGACCAAAAUCGCCACCGUGGUCAACAUGAGGAGACUCGUUAUGAGGCCCUAUUUCCAGGACUAUGAGCUGAUAGCAAAAAACCACGGAGUGGUCACCAUAGCGCACUUCGCAAGGAUCCUAGACUUCCUCAAGAUAAUGGUCUCUCCCGUCGACUUCAACCUGUUGGUGAAGAAGUUCCUGAAAGACAGCUAUACCGUCAACUACAUAGCUUUCUUGGGCGAACUAGACAAGAUCGUCCAGUACUUGAAUCAGCACGGUGUCUUGGACCUUGGAGGGGACAUGGUAUCCCAGUUUCCUGGGAGGGUUAUUGAUGCCGAGCUCCCUAAGCUCCCGAGGCCUGAGAUUGGUAAGAUAUUGGCCUCCUCUUUGUUUGGCAAGAAGAACGUGUUCCAUCCUGCCCUGAAGGAGAAGUACCAGAAUGAGGAUUUGAUUACGAUUAUGAGUCGCAUACAGCAGCAUGUCCUCAAGAACAGGUUGAGGGUCAACGAGUUCUUCAAGGAUUUCGACCCACUAAGAUGCGGGAAGAUCACCACGUCCCAGUUCCAUCGAGGCUUGGACUCUUUGGGCAUAAGCGGUAUACAGAGGAUGUUCCUCUCCCUGCCGGAGAUAGAGACCUUGAUCACCCAGUACCGGGACCCAACGGACCCAAUGAGGGUCUGCUGGCAGACCUUCGAGGACGACGUGGACCAUGUAUUCACCACCAAGAACCUAGAGAAAACGCCAGAACUCGAGGUCAACCCUCCAUCGCAAGAGGUUCAACUGUUGCAGCGCAAAGGCACCAAGGCCUGGCACCAGGUGAACACUUCGAGGAGAAACCUCUGCGAGGAUGCUGUGGAUAAGAUCAAGAAGAGGGUAUUGAAGAGAGGUCUUCUCCUGAAACCUUCCUUCAGGGAUUACGACAAAACCAACAACGGUCAUGUUACGAUACCGAAUGCUCGACAAUGUUUGGUGUCUAAUGGUAUUCUGUUGUCAGACGAAGAGUUGUACGCGUUGGAGGAGAGGUACAACAGCGAUAUGGGCUUCAACUACUUCCACUUCUUGAAGGAGGUCGAACCGAAGAGGGAAGAAGUUCCGUUGUACCAAGGUCUGUACGCCAAGACCAAGGCCGUCAACCAGCCGCCGCCCAAGAAGCCGCCCACCAGAGAAGAGAAGGACAUAGUGCAGAUCCUGGCUAAGAUAAAGGCCAAGGUGGUCAGGGACAGGAUCAGGGUGGUGGAGUUCCUCAAGGACUACGACAGGUGCAACGAGCAGGUGAUAAAGAGAGAAGACUUCAAGAGGGGACUGUCUGACUGCAGGUUCGGCUUGACGGAGAACGAAAUGCAGACCCUGAUGGAAAUCUUUGCUUCCCCACUCCGUCGAGAAUGCAUAGAUUACAGGAAGUUCUCCGAAGUCAUAGAAGAAUCCUUCACGCAGUCCUGCCUCGAGAGGGCGCCACUCAUAGUACCCCUACAGCACGUCCCAACGAAGGACUGCGAGAAGAACUUCCUCAAUUUCGAGGAAAGACGUGAGGUUUCGAUCGCCUUGCAGAAGCUGGCGAAGAAGCCGGACCUGCAGAUGAACAUCCUCUGUGUUUUCCAGGAUUAUGACAAGGCCAACUGUGGAACCGUGACUAGAGAGCAGUUCCUGAAGGCUCUACACAUGCGAGGAAUGGCAGAUCUGGUGUCUACCAAUGAGUUUGAGGUUAUCUGCAAGUGCUUCGGUUUCGAGAGAGGAAUGAGAGACGAAGUUGACUACAGAUCCUUCAUAAAAGCGUUAGAUGUACUUUAUGCGACCGACAAAUACACUCCCAUAUAAAAUGUUUUACUUCACAAACAAUAGAGAAUCCAAUCAUCAAAUAUUU